UUGUGUACGAAGCAGCCGAACAGGUGACUCAAUAGAAUUUUAGUCGAUAUUAGUACAGUUUUAAGGUAGCCAUGUUUGUCAAGGCUUCCAUUUACAUGUGCUUAUUGGCCCUGACUUUAACAGACGUGGUCGAUUCCUUACAUUUAGAAGGAACGUGGCAUAAUGGCGACGAUUUCUUUCUCUUCCUUGCCAAAUUCGGUUUCCAGCAAUCCAUCGCUCAUGACACAAAGAAUACAAACGGGUAUAUUUAUGGGAAUAUUUCUUCAACAAAUGCGUCAGACUCCCGAUUGACAUUGGUUCUUGUAGACAGCGAAUUUUUCAUUGAUUAUUACGGCAAUCGGACCACGCCUUCCCGAGAAAAAGCUUGCCGUCAAAUGUUUGGGAAGAUUGACACGGUUGCCUUUGACAGCCGCUGUUUUCCUCGUGGCCCUGAAGAUUUUCUCCGCAAAGUUCCGUGUGCCAGGGGACAUCUAUGUUCUGACGAAGACGACCCCAAAAACGUCAUUCCAGGGUAUCAGUUCACAUAUACCGUCCAGGAUCUUAAGAAACCAAGAUUCUGGUACCUGAGUUUUGUGUCCUGUCAUCUCAACUCCACAGAUGUUAGCACAUGCCACUGGCAGCACCAACAACAGUCCCUCAGCAUUCACUAUGAUAUAUGGCUCGUCAAUGGACACCCGUUCACUAAACAUGUUAACCCAUUCGAACAUCAGUUUUCAUUUGAACAGCAUGAUGUGUUUGAGAUCCACGUAACUUUCCUGUUUCUUUGCUCUAUACUGAUUCCUUUAUGGCUGUAUGCCUACCGUAAACAGCGUCACAGAUUGACUCAACUGUUCACGGGCUGCAUCAUUCUGGAGACUGCAGGAAUUCUCUUCAACUUCGUACACACACUGAAAUUUGCCUUUGACGGAAAAGGGGUCUUUUUAUUGCACAUCUGUGGAGAUGCUAUCGAUAGUUUUGCGGAGUGUCUGUUUGUCUUGCUUUUACUGGUGAUUGCGAAAGGGUGGGCUAUAACAACACGAGAUCUCGCAGGAAAAGCUCCGCUGUUCAUCAUAUGGUCAUCAUACACUGUGCUGAAUGGAGCCUUGUUUAUCUGGAAUCUGACAGAGUUGGAUGUGGUGUCCAAUAUUGAAGAAUGGGAGACCUGGCCUGGCUACAUCACCCUGGGCUUUAGGAUGGCCAUCAUGUUCUGGUUCCUGUACGAACUAAGAAAGACCUCUUUAAAAGAACGUCGUUUGGAAAGACUUCAGUUCUUCCAACAUUUUGGAGCAGGUUUCUUGGUUUGGUUUAUCUACCUUCCAAUUCUCGCCGUCAUUACAACUCAAGUUUCUUCAUUGUGGAAACGGAAAACAACUCUUAGUAUAACCUACUCAGCGGACUUUCUGGCUUUUGCUGUGUUGGUACAUUUAUUGUGGCCUUCUCGAACAGCCUUAAAUUUUGUUCAAAAGGAAACACUUUUGCCACCAGACGAGUUGGAGGUAGCAGGCUUGUUGGAGUCUGGACCAACUUUCCGUGAGGUGGAGCGUGACGUCACAUAUAUUCCUAAAGAAAAUGGUCACAAAAGGAAGUCUGAAUCUAAUGGAUUAGCACCGUUGUCAAGAUCUCAGGACAAGCAGACUAUGAAGGGCAGGAAACCAACUUCACAGGAUGACCAGACUGGCUUACUGAACAAUGAUCAGUUUUCAGACUUUGAUUCAUUAUGACUUUUUAUAAAAGGGUGUGUGUUGGGUGGCUACUACUCUGUUGUACGCCUCAGGGUACUAACUAGCUAACUAGCUAGCUAAAUGCCAGCUCAAACAAGCCGAUUAGUAUACUGAUGUCGGAUAGGAUAAAUGAAAACUUCCUGAGUACGGCAUAAAACACCAAUCAAGUAAAUAGUACAAUACCUCUACUGAGGCAAAACUGGUGUGUUCCAGUCCUUAGCCAGAGUUGGCCUAAUCUACAAUAAUCAGAUGAAUAUCAUGCUCAAAUUAUACAUAUUAAAGAACAGUACAAAUAUGUAUACAGUAUACUGUGUUAUAACAGUAUAUACUGUAGUAUAAAGUCGUUAACAAUUACUAAAAUGCUUGAAUUUUUUUUCUCUUAUUAUUAAAACAUAAAAGACCUGAGGAAAUGUUCAAUACCGUUUUUUAUACUUUUGUUCUUUACAGGUUGAUGUCUUUCAUGCUUAUUCUGUAGUUGACUAAAAAUGUUGAGAAAAUGGGGUGGAUUUUAACUGAUUGUAAGGACAGCAGGUGCACAUGUACUAGAUACAACAAAUGGCGCCUGCUGCCAUAAGUUAAUAUCUGCUCAAUGUUGACACCACAAAAACUCUCUAUAAAAGGCAUGUCGAACAAUAGAGGCUGAUAAUAGAUUAAGAAACUAAAUCAACAAAGUGCCAUGUUUGAAAAUGAUCUGAUGUGUAGUGUUAGACAGGGGUGUAUAUGGUGCAUUUUGGUGAACACUGACAAAGCUGAAAAAUUUCAAAUGACAGCUGAGUAUGACUGUUUUACAGGGGUUUCUUUGUUCUGUCUGAUAAAAAGAGUUACUACAUGCGUGUACAGUGUGGGUAUUGUGUGCUUAUGGGCUUGAUGAAGGGCAGCUUGCCUAGAUUACACGAACAUGUGGCUUGACAUCUACAUGAGACGAUUAAUUAUAAUAAGAUGAUUUUUACAGAUUUAUUUUUUAGAUGAUGUUUUGUGGAUGGUUGUGUUCAGUUGCUUCUUGCAUGCAUUGAAAUAGUUUUAUGGCAGCUGUUGCUCCCGAUGGUCUUCUAAGUGUAGAUCAUGUUAUAAGCUGAUACAUGCUAAUCAGAAGUGAUAAGUUGGAGAAAGUUCAAAAGUUAGCAAUCUUGGAACAUGUACUUCCUUUCUUGGCAUUUAACAUACCAUUAUUGAUCAAGUAAUGGUUUUUCCCCUAUGUCAAUAUGUGGUUCGAGGUAAGGUGUCAUGUCUGGUGUCUUCCAGUUACAAGUCAGCAUGUCAAUAUUCAAAGUCGGCUACAAGACUACACCAUC